AUGGAGAAAUGGGAUAAAGUCAUUGGCACGGUUUUGGUUGCAAGACAGGGCAAGAAGGACAUCACUGCGCAUGAAGUUGAAGGUCUGGCUAGAUUCUGUUAUUAUGAUCUUUCGCCUGCCAUGGGAGAACUGGGGGAAUAUAUUUACGAGGAUUACCCAAAGAAAGCAGACCGAAAUAAGGUUCGUGAAAAGUUUACGAAGGAUUUCAUGUGUCAAGCCAAGUUUGAGGAGUGCUAUGAGAAAUUGAAAGCAGAGAGAGUUGCGGCUGGAAAGUCCUUGUGGGCUACUGCUGUUUCUCCUUACUCUCAGGUUUGA